CGUACCCGCGGAGGGUCAGACCCUCUGACCCCCGCGUCCAGGUGAGCCACGACGCAGCCCUUCCGCGCCGGAGACUUCUAGCACGACCGAGGCCAAGGCGUUGCAGGGGGACCAGGAAGGUUGCCUGCAUGGGGGGCGCCCUGGUAUGGGUGCUGUUGUUGCCGCUGCUGCUGCUGCUGCAUCCAGGCAGCCAGGAAUUGUCAUGCCCCGUGUCCUCGGGGGAUGUGGACUGGACCAGGGAGUUCACGGACACAUGCCUGAACUUCAGUGGCCAAAACCUGAGCCUGCUGCCUCAGAACCAGUCUCUGCAGGCCAGCAGUGUGCUUCUUCUCGACCUGUCUGGGAAUGGCCUUCGAGAGCUCCCACCGCUUUUUUUUGCUCACCUGGGAAAGCUGCAGGUCCUGGAUGUGACCAACAACCCCCUGGACCCCGUGGGCAGGGCACUGGCUGAACGCUGUGACCUUGACCUGAGGGCUGACUGCAGCUGUGUCCUAUUACCCUGGCACAAGGUCCGGCGGGACAACUGCUCUGGCCCACUGCCUCUGCGGUGCCUGGAUGUGUCCACCGGCGCCUGGCACAACGUCUCUGCCUUCUUGGAAGUGGGCUGUGCCCCUCGCCUGACCAUGACAACCAUAGGAGCGCUGGUGGCCAGUGGAAGCCUGCUGCUCGUGCUUGCCAUUGCUGGCCCAGUGCUGGCGUGGAGACUCUGUAGACAUCGGGUAGGCAGUAGCCGGGGCAUGAGCAAAACGUGGGCUGCUCAGAAUGGUCCCAGGUCUGGCUCGGGCCAGCAGCCACGGUACAGUAGCCGGGGCCUCAGCCCUAAGCUCCCAGCAGCCACCCGGCCCGGAUCUUCCACUUCUGACUAUGAGAACAUGUCUGUGGGUCAACCAGCUGCCAGGCACCAGUGGGCUGAACACAGGCCUCACCCUUCAGAGGACAGCGACUUCUACAUGAACUAUAAGAGCCUCCACCAUGAUUCCCAGCCUGUCUACUGCAACUUGCAGUCGCUGGGCCAGGCCCCAUUGGAUGAAGAGGAGUAUGUGAUCCCUGGACGCUGAGCCUUCAACAUCUCAAACUCCA